AGGCCGGUGGCUGAGAGCGGCGUCACGGGCCAGGGCGGGGGCGGGUCCGCAGGCACGUGGAGGCGCCGGGUCUGCGGCUCUCCGCACCUGGCCGGGCGGGGCUGGACACGCCGGGGCUCCGUAGGGCCCGGGGCCGGGGGCUGCUGAGCCGUCUAAAUCAGACUCUCGGGCCCCAGCGCUCAGGAGCGGCGCCCUUUCUUGCUUCUCCGCAGAGGCCAACGGCUCAAACCGGCCUGGCAAGGCCCCUCUGCCCCGUCGGGGGGUGAGAAACACAGCUGGGGGGACUCGGAGGCAGACACUAGGCCCAGAAUGGGGUGCUUGGAACUGGGACCCUCGGUCUCUCUCAUCCCCUUCCUUUCUCCUUGCCUUUUUUUGCGGCUCCCUUACGGAGGUGCACUUGGAGCAACCUGGCCUUGGGCGGCUUGUGCGGGGGGUGUAGGUGGGGAGGGAACGGGAAGGGGCGAGGCCAGAGGGAAGGGAGGUCUAGGAGGAGGCGGGCGUGAGGGGACAGAGGUCGCUUCUCCCUGGCAGGGCCCAAGGAGAAACCCGAGUAGCUGCUGACGUCUACCUGCCAUAGGGGAACGGCCCGCUGCGGCUCUGCGUUCUCUAUAAGGGUCCCGGGAGGGAUGGGUGGGGUGAGCACAGGUGGAUGGGCAGUGUCAGAGGUGGUCAGGGGAGAGGCCAGUGCCCAGGAAACGGGCAGUGUGCGGGAGGAGGCAGCACCGGGGUGAAGGGGCACGUGGGAGGCAGCGGGGGUUCCCAGGAGGAGGGAGCAGUGCUAGGAAGGGGGCGGUGAGCUGGCACCCUAGAGGAAGGGGCACUGUAAAGGAAGAGGUGGUAUCCGCAGGACAGGACAGCGCCAGGAUGAAGGAGCACGUAGGAGAGCUUGUCCAGGAGAGGGCCGUGGUGGGGGAAAGGGCAGAACCGAGCUUAAGGGGCAGUGCUCGAGGAGGGCAGUGAUUUGGGGUUAAUGCCAUGCUGAGGGUGCGGUGUGAAGGAAGAGAGCAGGGCUGGGGAAGGUGCAUUAUCAGGUGAAGGGACGGUGCAGGCUUUCCUCUUCCCCAUGGUGACAUCAUGGCAAAUUCCCAAACUGGACGGACCCGGCUCAGGUGACAUCCAGCUGGGCCGAGCUGGCCGGGGCAGGCCUGGGUGCCAGCUUGGGGGUGGGGGGGUUGCUGGGUAUUGUGCCCUGCCGGGCCAGCGCCCUGGGGGGCGGGGUUCUGCUCCUUUCGCCCUUCGAGCGGACUGUGCCCUCGGCGGGCACGCGGACAGGCAGGGUAGGGCUCGGGCCGGGCUUCUCUGGGCCAAGGAUCAAGGUCCCUGGCUGGGGUAGGCCCCCAAGCAUUCCAGCCUUCCUGACCCGGCUUCUGAAGAGGGCGCAGUAGAGUCUCUGGAGAGAGCGGGACACGACGCCACCUCGACCGGAGGUGGGGCCUUUCUUGUCACCGCCCGGGGCGGAGUUACCGGACCUGAGACCCGCCCUUAAUACCGAAGCCUCUGGGAAACAAUCAUUCGGGGCGGAAGUUAAGAAGCCCCGAGAGCUCCGCGGCGGAAGUGCUUGCUUGUGCGCAUGCGUUAUUCUAUUCCUUGGCUGCUGUUCUUCCGAGCGCUGCGAUUUCCUCUCUUCUCUCUUUCCCUCCACGCGAGGGGGUUCGCGUACCCCUAGUUGUCGUGGUCGCGCGCUCAGCGCCUCUGCUACUCGUGGCCCGCUUACCAUGGCGGGCAUCCUGUUUGAGGAUAUUUUUGAUGUAAAAGACAUUGACCCGGAGGGCAAAAAGUUUGAUCGAGUGUCUCGACUGCAUUGUGAGAGUGAAUCUUUCAAGAUGGACCUCAUCUUAGAUGUAAACAUUCAGAUUUACCCUGUAGACUUGGGGGACAAGUUCCGGUUGGUCAUAGCCAGUACCUUGUAUGAAGAUGGAACUCUGGAUGAUGGUGAAUACAACCCCACAGAUGAUAGGCCUUCCAGGGCUGACCAAUUUGAGUAUGUAAUGUAUGGGAAAGUGUACAGGAUUGAGGGAGACGAAACUUCUACUGAAGCAGCAACACGCCUCUCUGCCUAUGUGUCCUAUGGGGGCCUGCUCAUGAGGCUGCAGGGUGAUGCCAACAACCUGCAUGGAUUUGAAGUGGAUUCCAGAGUUUAUCUGCUGAUGAAGAAACUGGCCUUCUGAACCACCCAGGGAGCCAACCUUGCUGCUUAGUCACUCAGGUCAUGGAUGUUCGUUCAAGCCCGAGUAGCAGUUGCCGUUGUUCACCUGUUCAGGCGGGGCUGGCUCUCUGUCCACUGUGGGUGCAUCUUUAGGAGGUCUUGGACUCAAUGGGAAACUGACUUGCCUGUGAAAGACCCAGUGGGAGAGCUUAAAAUGAAUCAGAAGUUGUUUUAUGUAUAUGACUUUUUAAAAUUAAACUUUACUUUUUCAGACUCUU